GAACUCGACCUCUGGUUUUUAAGGCUUGGCGCCUCUCAAAAUAUGUCCGUCAUUCCCAACUCAUUCCAAGCUCGUUCCAGCCCUAGGCCGCAGUACAAUGCCUUGUACUGCUGAACCAGCCUCAAAUACAAUUUUUUCACAUAUUACUACUGAUUUACGUGUAUGCCGUUAUCGGUAUCGGUAUAAAUACGGUCUAUCACUCUCCUGUAGCUCAACUCACCAACAAGUUCCAGAAGACAUGCAUUUCGCUACCACUGCUAUCCUGGCUGCCAUUGCCUUCUUCACUACUGGUACAACUGCCGCUGAAUGUUACUCCCAAGGAGGCUCCCAUCGUUGUUCUACUGCAGACGAUGUCCGGAACGCCCGUGUGUCCUUCUGUAACGACCAAUGGGGCGGGGACUCCGCUUCUCAGCGUUACCCAUCCAGCAACGAUUUGGCCUCCGUGUUCUCGCACUAUGGAUCUUUUGACUCGCAGCAAGAGUGCUGGGACUCGACGGAGGAUAUCAUUAACACCUGCCUGGGCCACAAGGAUGGCGGAACCUGGACCGUUUCGAGCGUUCAGGUCAAUGUCAAUUUCUGCGCCGCCUGAAGGAAAGGAUCGGCAGACACUGGUAGAUGUCUGAGUUGAUUGAUAGAUUCACUGUUUCAGAAUAUCAGUUUGCUCGUUAUAUUCUUCUUAAGUUACUUACGUCUUGGUUUUGCGAAAUGAUUUUUUUUGGUCCCUUGUCGCUGUCGAAGUUUGGUAGAGGUCGUACAGUAAUAAACAACGAAAUUUCAAUUUCCGGCAUCAAUUUCAUCGCUCUUUUUCUCCGCUUUUACCUCAGCUCAAAGUUGCUCUCCUUCACGAAACUAUAGGCCACUCCCCCCACUCUCCUU